CACAAGUGCUCCGUCCCUUCCAGCGGCAGGCGGAGGGAAGAGAAAGGGUCUGUUGUUUUUCUCUCCUUGUUUCUCUCCCUCACUGCUGAUCACCAAGCUGCUGACCAGGUCAGAAAGCCCUAAUGGAAAUCCUCCAGUGCUGGGCAGGCUCCUCCUCCUUUGGGGAGCUUGUCCUUGACUGAUUUUUCUUUGUCCUGAUGGGAAAAGAGAGAGAGAGAGAAAGCAGAAAAAAGAAAAACCACAAACUUCCUUUGAAAACCAGCUUGUAGACAGGGCCUGGAGCGCACGCCCUAGACUCGGCGACUCAGAAAUCCCGAAGACGCUCUGAGCGACCUGGGAGCACCUGGGCUGCACCCCUGUCUGCCUGCACCCUCCUCCAGUGCCCCCCGGUCGUGGGCGUGAGUCCGGAAGUAGCCACCAUCCAGCCAGGACCGCCGCUCGUAAACCUCGGUAAACCUGUAUAAGCUCUGGCGUUGACAGCUGGAAGGCAGCUGGGACUGUGGCGGCGCCCCUCCCGGUACCCACCUCCGCCAUCGCAUUGCCAGAGUUGAACCCCCCUGCUAAGUCCUGGAACAGCACCCACUUCUGUAAGGGAAGCUGACGCCACCCAAUGUCUUCAAUCCCACCGGAAUCAUCCCCCCCAAGCCUGAAAGUCCUGUACCCUCAUUGGUCCUAUCUGGUCACAGCAAGUUAGAGGUGAAAGAGCCCGGCCUGGGGCCCUUCUGUUUACCCCAAAGCUGUACUACCUGUAGCCAGGAGUGGCUAACAGACGCUAACCGAGCCUUCUGCACUACAUUCCUUUUCCAAGACUUUUCUGGCUCUAUUUGCGUUCCAGCCCAAUGAUUUCCUUCUUAUUGGAUUGUUCUCUCUUUUGCAUAUCAAGCCUAGAUUAAGCCAGUCCCUGAGGACAUAAAGUCCUUUGGUGCCCCUCACUUGACCCCUCCUGACCAUGGAACACCAUCAGCCUGAGCAUCCAGUCUGUGGUGAGGCCAGGACUGCAGAAGCGGUCAGCCCUGAAAACCAUGAGGUCCUGUCAGAACCCAAUGAGCCCCCUCAGGACAAGGAUGCCGAAGAGGCUGAGGGGGCAGCUGGAGAACAGGAGCCAGUAGAUGAAGCUUUGCUGCCAGCCCAGGGCCGGGACAACCUCGAGUCCCCUCCACCUGAUGCUACCUCAAGCCAACAAGGGCCAGCCCAGGAGACACAGCCUGAGGUAGAGGCAGUGGGGGCCUGCUCCUGGCCCCAAGAGCUUCCCCAGUCCCCCAGGGCCCGACAACCUGAGCUAGACUUCUACUGUGUAAAGUGGAUCCCCUGGAAGGGAGAACGGACACCCAUCAUCACUCAGAGCACUAACGGCCCUUGCCCUCUCAUCGCCAUCAUGAACAUCCUUUUUCUUCAGUGGAAGGUGAAGCUGCCACCUCAGAAGGAAGUGAUCACAUCAGAUGAGCUCAUGGCCCAUCUUGGAGACUGCCUUCUGUCCAUCAAGCCCCAGGAGAAGUCAGAAGGACUUCAGCUUAAUUUUCAGCAGAAUGUGGACGAUGCAAUGACAGUGCUGCCUAAACUGGCCACAGGUCUGGAUGUCAAUGUGCGAUUCACAGGCGUCUCUGAUUUUGAGUAUACACCUGAGUGCAGCGUCUUUGACCUACUAGGCAUACCUCUGUACCAUGGCUGGCUUGUUGAUCCACAGAGUCCUGAGGCUGUGAGUGCAGUUGGGAAACUGAGUUACAACCAACUGGUAGAGAAGAUCAUCACCUGCAAGCACUCCAGUGACACCAACCUCGUGACAGAAGGCCUGAUUGCAGAGCAGUUCCUGGAGACCACCGCUGCACAGCUGACCUACCAUGGUCUGUGUGAGCUAACAACAGCUGCCAAGGAGGGCGAACUUAGCGUCUUUUUCCGGAACAACCACUUUAGCACUAUGACUAAGCACAAGGGUCACUUGUAUCUACUGGUCACCGACCAGGGCUUUCUACAGGAGGAGCAAGUGGUGUGGGAGAGCCUGCACAACGUGGACGGAGACAGCUGUUUCUGUGACUCUGACUUUCACCUAAGUCAUUCCCUAGGCAAGGGACCUGGAGCAGAAGGUGGGAGUGGCUCCCCAGAAAAGCAGCGGCAGGUGGACCAGGACUACCUGAUCGCCUUGUCCCUGCAGCAGCAGCCAUCGCAAGGCACAUUGGGUCUUAGUGACCUGGAGCUGGCCCAGCAACUUCAGCAAGAGGAGUACCAACAGCACCAAGCCGCCCAGCCCGCGGCAGCACGGGCCCUGUCACCGCAGGGGAGAGGAGCUGCAUUUGGACGCCCAGCUGCCGAGCGUCGGCAAAGGCCGAAGCAAGAGUCCGACUGUGUCCUCCUGUAGCCCCGCUCAGUGCCAGGCUGCCUUGCCUCCGCUUGCAGAGGCUGGGGCUAUUUUGCUUGCUCCCAGCUCAACUUGAGAUAUGCAGGGUAACUUAUUUAUGGAAUGUUGGGGAUCAGAGCAGGCAGUAAAUGCCAAGGUCAGACUUGGUGACGUCUUUGCCCUCACGUGCUGCCUCCUCUUCCUCCCAGCCAUCCCGGGCAACAUUGGGGUUGGUGGGGUGAGGAUUUCUGAUUCCCAGCUCCCUUGCCCCAGAAUAGUCACAUUAAUAUACAGACUCAGGCUCCAGGGUGAGGACCCUGUCUAGAAUCCAUCUCCCCUACUUUCUGCUCCUGCAGGCCCAUCCGUAUCCAUCCGUUUGUUUCAGGGUUUAAUUUGGGUUUCUAUCUCCAUUAUUUGUAAUGCCUUCC